AUGCUUUCAAACAAUAGCCCCCCUCAAUACUCAGACUUUAAAAGCCUGGAGGUCGAUCCUUCAUCCCCCAAGCGCAGCCGCGGGCCUGGCGAAUUUGUAUCAUCCUUUCCACCACCACCAGAGAUGGUUUCAGCUCCAGUCUGCGAACCUUCUCCCUCUUCUAUAGCUGGCUUUCAACCACGGCCAUUUCCCCCUCCUUCAUUAACCGGCGUGCCAGUUGAAUACAUAUACGAGCAACUUCGUAAUCUUGCUCCGGCCUACUGGGAUACUCCAGAUACGGCGGACUGUACCAUUAUUGUCCCUAUUCCUGACUUGCGUUCAAAACCUGUUACUCGCUUCCCCCUCGACUCUUCAAUGCACAUUAAUGGGCACGGGCUCGGUCGACGAGUCUCGGAACCCAUUCUCCACUCCGUUCCCCGAAUCACAAUAAAGCUCCAUAUUGACUAUCUCUCUGCCCAUUCGGCCCUCUUACGGGGUCUCUUCAGCGGCGCCUCUCCUCUCGACCUCAUCAAUACUUCGUUCGAUCCCACAGGCACUAAUACACCAGCCGAUCGCAGCCCUCGCCUCCUCCCAUGCUCACCGUCUCAUCCCAUCCUCUUCCUGCCGCUCCCCGACCCGUCAUCGUUUCAUCUUCUUGCCCAUUGGAUGUAUUUCGGCUCUACAGAAUACAUAGCCGAGGCCUUGAGUGAAGGCACCGUUCAAUGGGAGGGCAUCGCCCGCAAUGUCGAGUAUCUCGGCCUUUCUACCGACAUUAAAAUAUUCUUGGGGAAGUGGUAUGGAAAUUGGCUUCAUACCGGACGCUCUCGCUUCGACUACGAAGAAGCAUAUGCAGCCGACGAUGACUCCGAUACCGCUUACGAUAGCGACGAGGAGGACUUCGAUGGUGAUUGUUCCACCUCUUCGGACAUGGAAUUUGACGAACCAGAAGAAAAAGUCCCCGAACGAGGGAGGACGCGAGAGCUCCGACGUCUAUCAUCUAUCACAUCCCAAAUCGACAGUCUCUGA